GCUAAAGUUUUCUGACAUGACAGCUUCCAUGGAUUAUAACCUUUUGUCCAAUGAUCGUCAAACCAUGGACAACCUGGAAAAGCAGCUGAUCUGCCCAAUCUGUUUAGAAUUAUUCUCCAAACCGGUUGUUAUUCUUCCAUGUCAGCAUAACCUGUGUCGGAAGUGUGCAAAUGAUAUGUUCCAGGCAUCCAAUCCAUACUGGUCAACCCGUGGCAGUUCCACGGUAGGAUCAGGGGGUCGAUUCCGUUGUCCUUCCUGUCGACAUGAAGUGGUUCUGGACAGACAUGGAGUUUAUGGUCUUCAAAGAAACCUACUUGUUGAAAACAUUAUUGACUUAUACAAGCAAGAGUCAAUCAGACCUGAGAAGAAGACUGAACAACCCAUGUGUGAAGAACACGAUGAUGAGCGAAUCAACAUUUAUUGCAUGACGUGUGAAGUACCAACAUGCUCUAUGUGUAAAGUAUUUGGUGCUCAUAAAGACUGCGAGGUGGCUCCACUCAGUAAUAUUUACAAAAGACAAAAGUCUGAACUCAGUGAUGGGAUUUCAAUGCUGGUAGCGAGCAACGACCGAAUUCAGUCUGUAGUUACUCAGAUGGAAGAGACAUGCAGAAAUAUUGAGAGUAACGGUUCUUGUCAAAAGGAACUGAUGUGUGAAAAAUUUGAUGGCCUGUAUGCCAUGCUCGAGGAAAGGAAAAAAGACAUGUUGCAAAUCAUUACUGUGGAACAGGAAGAAAAAACACAGCAUGUUCGCUCAUUGAUGAGAAAAUAUGGAGAACAUCUGGAGACAGUAUCCAAGGUUAUCGAGACUGGAUUACAGUGCAUGGAGGAGCCUGAAAUAGCGGUCUUUCUACAGAAUACAAAACCUCUCAUUAAAAAGAUUUCAGAAGCAUCAAAGAUAUCACACCUGGAAAAGAUAGAACGUGGCUUUGAGAACAUGGAUCAUUUUUCAGCUGUUUUUACAAAGGAAGAAAUGGUGCUCAAAGAGAUUAACUUCCAGAAAUCUGACGAGGAGACUGAGGAACUGGAAGGAGAGGGGGAAGAAGCAGCAGCAGAAGAAACCGGAGGGAUUCGCACUGAAGUGGAGCAGUCCCAACGACAGGAAGAACCUGCUGAAGCUAUGCCAUCGCCCUCGUCUCCAGCAGAGCCGGCACCCACAAGCACAGCUGCAUUGGCGGCAGAAGUGGAAAAUGAUUCAUUGCCAGCAGAUGCUGUUCAGCAGGCCGUCACAGAGAUGACUGCAUUGGAGUCUGGAACUCAGUUGCCAACAGCUUCAGCAGCAGCAGAACCUUUGUUUUACCCUGCUUGGCAUAAAGCUCAUUCUUUGGACAAGACCAGCCCUAACUUGAAUCCAGUGAACAAGAGUUCAGGGGAUAAUAACAUUCAAAUUGGGUCAAGAAUUCCAGUUGAGAAUGAUGUAAAGAAGCUGGAAGUAGAUAGCAGUUCAUCUGCACGGGAAGUGGAAACUAAUGAAGCUAGUUCAGCAGCUGCUCAAUCACAGACUGGUUCUGAAAAUUCGGCUCCAGUCCAAAGUGAAGAGCACGGCGGAGGCGAAGCAAAGGGCGACGAGACACCCCGCCACGUCUUCUCGUUCUCCUGGUUAAACUCACCAGCUAAAUAGAAAAAUCAAGCAUACGUGAUAAAAUCUAGUAGUCAUUAUAAAAAAAUAACCUAACGUUCACUCAGCAUUUGAGCCUGUUGAUUUCGAUUUAUGCUUGUGAAUUUGAGGAUGGGAUACUUUACCAAAUCCCCUGGGUUAAUUUCACUGUUGACCACUGAAUUAGGGGUGGCGGGGCCGCAAAGACACUAAACAGUUUGAUGGACUGAAAGGAUUCUCUGGUAACGUUGCCGAUCAUUUCACGGCAACAGCGGUGGGCGAAUCUGUAAACUGGUUUCAAUAGACAAUAGACAAUAGGUGCAGAAGUAGACCAUUCGGCCCCUCGAGUCUGCACCGCCUUAUUAACCCUUAUCUCGGAUCCGCUAAUGGCGAGGUGACGGGGAAAUGUAGGAGCGGGGGGAGGGGGCGAGGAGUUGGAGUUCUGUUCAGGCGUAAUGUACAAGUG